CCAACUCACUCUAGGUAGGCUAUAAAAGCUAGGCAAUACAUCGAACCAAACAUACCAUUUUACUACUAGUUGGGUUUUCCUUGUAUAUCUAUUAUCCAUUUUUUCCCUUAAAACCUUGGCAACAUGAGUUUGUAUUCGUGUUCCUUGGCCAACUCAAGGCCGAGGAUACUACAUUACCUCACGCUUUGGUGCAGUGUAGCAUCGUUAAUGGUGGUAAAAUCAACAGCGGUGAAAGUUCGUCAUUACAAAUGGGAUGUGGAAUACAUGUUUUGGGCUCCUGAUUGCGAAGAAAGGGUGGUUAUGGGGAUCAAUGGGCAGUUCCCUGGCCCAACUAUCCGUGCCGAAGUUGGCGAUACCAUACAUGUUGAUCUUACCAACAAGCUAAGCACUGAGGGUGUUGUCAUCCAUUGGCAUGGUAUUAGACAGCUGGGAACACCUUGGGCAGAUGGAACUGCUUCAAUUUCUCAAUGUCCCAUUAAUCCUGGAGAGACUUUUACUUACAGAUUUGUGGUUGACAAGGCGGGUACCUAUUUUUACCAUGGACAUUAUGGAAUGCAAAGAUCAGGAGGACUGUAUGGGACGUUGAUAGUCGAAGUACCAAAAGGACAGCAUGAACCAUUCCACUAUGAUGGGGAAUUCAAUUUGUUAUUGAGUGAUUGGUGGCACGAAAGUAUACAUGAGCAGGAAGUUGGCCUAUCCUCUAAGCCAUUACGUUGGAUUGGUGAACCUCAGACUUUACUCAUCAAUGGAAGAGGACAAUACAAUUGUUCCCUAUUGCCAAAUUUCGGUAACUCGUCAUCAACUCAAUGCAAGUUCAGAGGAAACGAGCAAUGUGCCCCCCAGAUUCUUCAGGUGCUACCAAACAAAACUUAUAGAGUACGACUUGCUAGUACUACUGCUCUUGCUUCCCUCAACAUAGCCAUCGGGAACCAUAAGAUGAUCGUGGUGGAAGCUGAUGGAAACUACGUACAACCUUUUACCGUAGACGACUUAGACAUAUACUCAGGGGAGAGUUACUCAUUUCUAAUUAAUACCAAUCAAAACCCUAACAAAAAUUAUUGGAUAGUAAUUGGUGUAAGAGGACGACGACCUAACACUCCUCCAGCUCUUACUAUUCUAAACUACAAGCCAACUUCGGCCUCUAAACUCCCUACCAUAUCACCCCCUAUAACUCCUGCAUGGAAUGACUAUAACCAUAGCAAAUCCUUCACUAAGAACAUAUUUGCCCUUAUGGGAUCCCAUACACCUCCGGCGACGUACGAUCGUCGUAUCGCCCUCCUCAACACUCAAAACAGGAUUGAUGGUUUCAUCAAAUGGGCUAUCAAUAAUGUUUCUUUGGUCUUUCCUCCAACGCCGUAUUUAGGAUCAAUUAAAUUCGGGUUAAAAAGCGGGUUCGAUCAAACGAACCCACCCGAAAACUUCCCUUCUUCGUAUGAUAUCAUGAGUCCUCCGGCUAACCCGAACACGACAACCGGAAGUGGUGUGUAUAGGCUUGGGUAUAACACCACAGUAGAUAUAAUUUUGCAAAAUGCAAAUGCCUUGGGUGCUAAUGUAAGUGAAAUUCAUCCUUGGCAUUUGCAUGGGCAUGAUUUUUGGGUGUUGGGAUAUGGAGAAGGAAAGUUUACUAAAGAUGAUGAAGCUAAGUUUAACUUGAAGAAUCCGCCACUGAGAAAUACAGUUGUGAUAUUUCCAUAUGGUUGGACUGCUUUGAGGUUUGUGGCUGAUAAUCCGGGUGCGUGGGCUUUUCACUGCCAUAUUGAGCCUCACUUACAUAUGGGCAUGGGAGUGGUGUUGGCUUCUGCUGUUGAGAGGGUUCAGGGUAUUCCUAGUAAUGCGCUUACUUGUGGUCUCACUGCUAAGAUGUUCUUAAAGAAGAAAAAUAUCCCUUAGAUUCAUGAUUCUAUGAUUUCUUAGAGAAGAUUAUGAAUUUGAGAUCAUCUUUUUUCUUUGUUCUAAUUAUAUGAUGAUGAUUUCAUUAAUCUUCUUCUAAAUUUUGAGUUACAGAGUUGCAGAAUUUUUCUAUUGUCAUGUAUUUAUAAAUCUCCUCAAAGAUCCAUAUAAUAUUUAUAAAUUAAAUUAUCCAAAGAGGGUGAAUUAUUAUA